AUGUUCCUCUUUGACUGGUUUUUCUCCUUGUUACGAGCAAUAGGGAUCCUUCAAGACAAAAUCAAAGGCCGAGUGCUUUUCCUGGGCUUGGACAAUGCCGGAAAAACCACUCUUCUCUAUAAACUCAAAACUGGCCUCAUGCAACAAUUCAAUCAGACCAUGUAUCCCAAUAAUGAAACCGUUGAAAUCUCGUCUUCAUGCACAAUUCAAGUCAUUGAUUUGGGGGGACAUCCACUCGCCCGAAAGCUCUGGAAAGAUUAUUAUCUGGAUGUGAGUGGAAUUGUAUUCAUGGUCGAUGCUGUCGAAAGAAAACGAAUUCAUGAGGCACGAGCUGAGUUGUACAAUAUUCUAAAAGACAAUGAUCUUGCACAAGUUCCGAUCGUGAUCAUGGGUAACAAAGUGGACAAUCCAAGUGCCAUGCCAGAAUUUGAACUCUCCGAACAGUUGGACGUAACACAUUUGAGAACUGGUAAGAAUGUGGAUCAAUCGUUUGGCGCUCAAAGACCACUUGAAAUUUUCAUGACCAGCGUGUCUAAGGAUUUCAAUAUUGCAGAAUCUUUGGAUUGGCUUGCCUCUCGAAUUCGGAAAUAA